GCCGGACGCCAUCUUGUGCUGUGCAGUGGAGCCGGAGGCUGGACGCGCUGCUCGUCAGUUCCGUGUUGUGCGAUGGACGAGUGCGUUUCCUGAGUCAGCAGAGAAACAGCGGCUGAUCGGUCCGAGCAGGAGCGGAGAGUGAGUCCAGCGGUGUCCACCACGAUUUCACAGUUGGUACCAAGAUGUUUUCCUGCAGCCUCCCAGUAAAAUGUGUGGAAGCUUCCCAGUGAGCCAGUGGACGUGUUGAUGAGGUUUCUAACACGUGACGUGAAACAUGAAGAACACAAACAUCUCAGGAUGAAGAAGAGGAGCCGGACACGUAGAAGACGAAGACGUCCACUUGGAAACACGAGGAGAUUCCAGAUCUUCUGGUGAUGAGGGCCGACGCCGGUGUGGACGAGAUGGAAACAACAACACUGAUCUCUCCACAGCAGAGUUUAUACGUCAUGUCCCGCCUCCUGCUGCUCUACAGGCUCCGCCCCUGCUGCUCUACAGGCUCCGCCCCUCACCUGGAUGUUCCCACAUGUUCCUGUUUGAACGAGUCGGACCGACAACCUGCUGCUGCUUCACAAACACAACUACACAACAUGUCCAGAUGCUAUUUCAUGUCUAACAACAGUUUGAAAAACAUUUAACUGGAGACGUUGCAUUUGACCUUUGACCUCUAGGUUCAGAUAUGUAGAAACUUUGUAAGAGGAAGUGAUGAACACUCAGGUGCUUCAGGAUGAAGAGGAGGGAGAGGAUCUGACGAGCUUGUCCCCAGCUUCUCCAUUGGUCCAUGUAUCAUGAGCACCACAGCCAAUGGCAACGACAGCAAGUUUCAAGGCGACCUGAGAGGACCUAACCCUAACCCGUCCAGGGUCCUCCACAUCCGCAAGCUGCCCAACGACAUCACUGAGGCGGAGGUCAUCAGCCUGGGUCUGCCCUUCGGAGACAUCUCCAACCUGCUGAUGCUCAAAGCCAAGAACCAGGCCUUCUUAGAGAUGUCCUCGGAGGACGCAGCUCAGAACAUGGUGGGUUAUUACUCCACAGUGAUGCCGAUCAUCAGACACCACCCGGUCUACGUCCAGUUCUCUACCCACAAGGAGCUGAAGACAGACAACUCGCCCAACCAGGAGAGGGCCCAGGCAGCUCUUCGGGCCCUCACUAUGUCUCAUGUGGACAUGGCGGUGGUGCCACCCAGCUCGGUGCUGAGGGUGGUGGUGGAAAACCUGGUCUACCCCGUCACACUGGACGCCCUCUGCCAGAUCUUCUCUAAGUUCGGCAACGUGUUGAGGAUCAUCGUCUUCACCAAGAACAGUCAGUUCCAGGCUCUGCUGCAGUAUUCUGAUGGAGCGUCUGCCCAGUCAGCUAAACUGUCUCUGGACGGACAGAACAUCUACAACGGCUGCUGCACUCUGAGGAUCAGCUUCUCCAAACUCACCAGCCUCAACGUCAAGUACAACAACGAGAAGAGUCGAGACUUCACCAGACCUGACCUCCCCUCUGGAGAUAGCCAUCCCCCGCUGGAGCACCCGGCCAUGGCCACAGCCUUCACUCCAGGCAUCUUCUCAGCCGCACCUUACGCCGGAGCGACUCACACUUUCCCUCCGGCCUUCACCUUCCAGUCGACAAUGUCCUCCCCCUACACAGGCCUGACGGUCCCCGCUCUGCCCGGAGCACUGGCCUCUCUGUCCCUGCCGGGGGCCACCAGGCUGGGAUUCCCCCCCAUGUCUCCUGGACACUGUGUCCUGUUGGUCAGCAACCUGAACCCUGAGAGAGCUUCGCCCCACUGCCUCUUUAUUCUCUUUGGUGUCUAUGGCGACGUGAUGAGAGUGAAGAUCCUGUUCAACAAGAAGGAGAACGCUCUGGUCCAGAUGUCCGACUGCACUCAGGCUCAGCUAGCUAUGAGUCACCUGAGUGGCCAGCGGCUGCAUGGGAAGCCUCUCCGCAUCACGCUGUCCAAACACACCAACGUCCAGCUUCCCCGUGAAGGACACGAGGACCAGGGCCUGACCAAAGAGUACAGCAGCUCCCCUCUUCACCGCUUCAAGAAACCCGGCUCCAAGAACUACUCCAACAUCUUCCCACCUUCUGCCACCUUGCACCUCUCCAACAUCCCCCCUGCUGUCGUAGAAGAGGAUCUCAAGGUGCUGUUUUCCAGCUCAGGAUCAAUGGUCAACGGCUUCAAGUUCUUCCAGAAGGACCAUAAGAUGGCUCUGAUCCAGAUGGGCUCCGUGGAGGAAGCCAUCGAGUCCCUCAUCGAGUUCCACAACCACGACCUUGGAGAAAACCACCACCUUCGAGUCUCCUUCUCCAAGUCCUCCAUCUGAGUCCCUGGAUCCUCCGCUCUCCAUGUUGUCCACUACACUCCGAUCAUUCCAACAUGUCUGAACGCACCAGGAACUGGUCUGAUGUUAAAUUAUUCAAGAAAAGCUCAUGUUGGUUGUUUGCCUUAGAAGAGGAUCAGGUCUGUGGAACACAAAGCGUUCGGAGAAGAUUCUCUGAAUUCAGGGAAUGAAGUCUGUCAGUUUAUCGUCAGGAUUUUAAGGAAGAAACAGAAUUCACAUCGUGUCUUGUUUUGUAAACCAGUUAUUUGAGCCUCUGUUGCCUUUUGACUUGAUCUCAGAGUCUGGUAUUAAAGUCAGUAUUUUAAUUUAUUUCUCCAGAAUUGGGACUUGAAUCCUUUAAAUCUUGACUUGGCUCAGACUUCCUCUUUCAGCGGAGUGGUCUCCCCGUGACCAACACUCGUGUCUUCAUCAAACCAGUUCUGAUAAAUGUUGUAACCGGCAGACCUGAGACCAGGGAGCUGGCUCAGCCUCACACGACUCUGUGCCUUAUCCCGGACUCACAACCAUCUCCCAUCAUGCCUCUGUCAAUUGGCAGUUUACAGUCGAUAAAGGUUUACUGUUGAACUGUAUAACAGAUUCAACAGAUAUUCAUAUGUAGGUGUAUUUUAUUGUUGGUCUUUGUGUUAGUGUUUUGUACUGCGGGUCAUUGUAGCAUCACACAUGUGAACUGACCCAUAGUGGUUGUUGGGUUUCUAGUCCUAGUCUAUUUUCUGUUCCUUUUGGAUUUCUUGAUUUCCAUGUAUGCAAUCACGUUUUAUUCAAAUCAGAUAUUGUAGCAAUAUUUGAAUCAUUCCUGAGCUUUGAUUGGUUUGUUUGGGUGAGUUGUGUUUCUCUCUGCUGCCUUGUUUCCCGUGUUCUGCUGUGAACGGUUUUAUUUAGUUCGUGAUCCACUUCAGCUGAAACCAAAAAGGGUUUUCUGGAUGCAGACCAACGCACCUGCCUCAGGGUUCUGGUUCUGGUUCUGAGGACCAGAAACACAAACUGAUCUGGUUUUGAUGCUUUCCUCUGGAUUCAGCCCAGUAGCUCUGGUCUCUGUUCAAAUGGGCGAAGGCUCCGUGCCUUCACGCUGGGUCGCACACGUUGGUUCCUCUUGGUUCCACUGGUUCCACUGGUUUGACUGGUUUGUUUGUGUCUUCACUUUAUUACGUUGACAUUCCAGCUGCUCAGACGUCGUCAUGACGACAUCCUUCCUCAUGGUGCAUUCAGGGAACCUGGGAGAUUAUUUUGAUUAUUUUGACAGUAAAAUAAAAAUACCACAGAGUAUCCCAUAAUGCAUUGCACUUCAGUCAUUGACUCUGUCUGAGACCGCAGACGCCUGUAAACUGACCAAUCAGAAAACAGUACUGGUUCUAAUACAGCAGGAAACUGACCUCAGAUUAGACAGAUUCUUUUAGUCUUAAUUCAUCGAGAACGAGACUCGAACCAAUAGGGUUAACUCCCCAGUCCGUUACCAUGGAGUCAGAGGUCACCUCAGGGUCAACAAGAGUUUUCAUUCAAAACGUCCCCCCCCCCCCAUCAAGUAACCAGUCAUCACGUGGUCGUCCCUCAGCCCCAUGUCGUUCAUUACUGUGAACAUUUAACCUUGAUCCUUCAGUUUCUGAAAGGCAAAUUCUGAUGAAUGUGUCAGUGGUUUCUCCCAGGUGACCUGAACACAUCACGAGCUGUCAGGUGAGGGAUGUGGGCGGGGCUGUUGAACUGUACAUACAUGUUCUGUAGCACAUGUGACCGUUGGUUUUUAUAUCUGAUGAAACUGAUUAAAUCACUUUUUAUCUAAAGUU